AUGUUUAAAAACCUUUUUCGUCCACGACGAUCAAAUAAAGAGAAUGAAGAUCAUGAACAGCAGCAACAAUAUCAUCAUCAACAACAACAACAACAACAACAAUAUCAUCAUCAGCAACAACAACAACAACAUUCUGCUAAUGAAUUUGAUCGCAACUUAACCUCCUAUAAAUCGUUAAGAAAUGCGCGUGAAAAGCGAUCAUUCUAUUCAUCUCAUCAUCAUUAUCGAGGAAAUGGGGGUGGCGGAACGGAUGACGGUCUUUCUGCGUCCACAUCACCAUAUCAUAUUGCCACCCAGCGGAAAUACCCACGCAGUACGCAAUCAUGCCACGAUGGUUUCAGUGAUGAUUUCGAUCGAUUCUCUACCAUAAAUAGGUCAUUUGCUAGUGCGGCACAUUCAAAAUAUAAGCCGACUCGUCGUGAAUAUAUGAACAUUGUGCGUCGUAGUCAUUUGAAUUCAGAAUAUGGCAGUUGUGAUCCAUCAUUGAACACUCCACCGCUUUAUAGCAGAGAUUUAGAUGAUUCAGAUGCCGAAACCUGGAAUUCAGAGAGGAUUAUUAAGGCUGGAAACUUUAUUUUAGCUGCAAACGAACGAAAGAAUUAUUAUAAAGAUUUAUACAAACGUGAACGGCAAAAUAGGAUACGUGAUCGUGAGUUGCGAGAUUUGGUAGAGAAGAAGCUUAUGGAUGAUCUCAGAAGUAAGGAAUUGGAAUGCUCCAAUAAUUUGCUACGAAUUAAAGCGCUGGAACAGCAGCUUCAGCAUCACUCCAAUUUUCCACCUCCAAUCCAUGAAUCCUCUUUUCGCAUUCCACAUUUCUGCACCCCUUCAUCAUCCAAUACCGCAUCAACAAUGGCUGGAGCAGGUGAAGCCCUUUCCAGUACCUCAGAACUGUUUGCUGUUCGAGGUGCUUAUCUGAUAAAUCCAGUAACUGCCAAUACAGGAAUAGCAGGAGCAACAAGUGCAGCAGUAUCCGAUAAUCCUGCCGAAAUGCCGGAUGAAAUGAAAGUUUUCCGGCAACCCGAUGAAUUGCCUUUAGAGUUAGCACGGAACAACAGUCUGGUAGAUGCUCCAGUUGAUGUUAGAAGUGAUGAUGUAGGAGGAAUAUCAGCUAAUUCCUUGGCUGUUCCUUUCAUAAAUCGUGAAAAUUUUAGUGGAACAAUGCUGGAAGAAGACCGUCAAUCUGAUAACGGCUAUGGUACCACCUCAGAAUGUGCUUCUGAGCUUGUUCGAAGCAUACGUCGGGUACAUAGUGAUUCCGAAGUACCACUGAAAGUCAUACAGACAUAA